AUGGCUUCCUUACCUGAUCUGGAAGGAGCCUCACGCCCGGCCAAUCUCUCAAAAUCCAAUCGCCCCACGCGUCGCUUAUACACGUCGCUACAGAAUCCACCGGCCGAACAGUCAACGUCGGAGAGCAGCUGGGAACAACACCAGGACUUAGACACACCAUCCAGUGGAGAUGAGUCCUCCGAUCAGACUAAUAUCAGACUUCUACCUUUGAAAGAAGACAGAUCUCAGGAUCCCCAACCCUCGAGCUCGAAAACGAGCGACGUGAAUUCUGUGCCGAUCGAUGUCCCCGAUGACGAGCGUGAUGUGUCGAAGCGCAUCGAAGAUCUCCUUCGAGCAGAUCGCAAUCUACUGUCGGACUCGUUCGCUACGGAUCUGGAGGAAGGAGACUCGGGCAGAAGCUCUCUGGUGCUCGGUGGACGGUACAGUGACGAUUAUGGCCUCCCACCGGACAAGGGCCUGUUAUUGAACCAUAGGAAGAGCCAAGAGGAAGAUGAUACAAGGAGCUUUGGCUGGAGGUCGCUAUUUCGCCUCCAUUCUUGGUGGAGUGUUUUGAGCUUCUUCAUAAUCGCCCUGGUGGUGGUGUGGGUUGCGAUCAGAGGCCUGCCCUGGUCCUCUGCUGGAGCCACAGGGAAUGAAUUUUCGCAGCAAGCGGUCUCUUGGUAUCCUACACCUCUUGGCGGAACGAGCAAACAAUGGAAGGAAAGCUAUACCAAGGCCCAAGAGAUGGUCAAGAAGAUGUCACUUCCCGAAAAGGUGAACAUCACUACUGGUACAGGCUGGCAAAUGGGCCUUUGUGUUGGGAAUACUGGACCUGCCGAACUCGUUAAAUUCCCUUCCCUCUGCCUACAAGACGGACCGCUUGGACUUAGAUUCGCCCAGAAUAUCACAGCAUUCCCGGCGGGAAUCACCACUGGCGCAACUUGGAAUCGCGAUCUUAUGCGAUUACGAGGCUUGGCCCUAGGACAAGAAGCACGGCUGAAAGGGGUGAAUGUCAUCCUCGGUCCAUCAAUGGGGCCGCUCGGCUUGAUGCCUGCUGGAGGUCGUAAUUGGGAGGCAUUCGGUUCGGAUCCAGUUCUGCAGGGCGUGGCUGCGGCAGAGACCAUUCGCGGUAUCCAAGAGAACGGAGUCAUGGCAACCGCAAAACACUUUAUUGGAAACGAACAAGAACACUUCCGUCAGUCAUUUGAAUGGGGUAUUCCCACUGCUCUUUCAUCGAAUAUUGAUGAUCGGGCACUACACGAGGUUUUUGCUUGGCCCUUCGCCGAGAGUGUACGGGCUGAUGUGGCCAGCAUUAUGUGCUCCUAUCAAAUGGUCAACAACACCUAUGCUUGUGAGAACAGUAAACUUUUGAAUGGUCUGCUCAAAGACGAGCUCGGUUUUCAAGGAUUCGUGCAGUCGGACUGGCUGGCCCACCGUUCAGGGGUCAAUAGUGCCAUUGGAGGCCUGGACAUGAGCAUGCCUGGCGAUGGCCUCCACUGGGCCGACGGUGUUGCACUAUGGGGCAGCGAGCUGACUCGCGCAGCUUUAAACACAUCUGUUCCCAUGGAGCGUCUGAAUGACAUGGUCACACGUAUCGUGGCCGCCUGGUACCAAUUCGGUCAGGACUCGUGGGAACGGCCAGCUCCAGACGGAGAGGGCGGGCCUAACUUCUCUUCGUGGACGAAGGAGCGAGUGGGACACUUAUAUGAAGGCUCACCAGAUAAAGAUGCUACCGGUGUGGUCAACAAAUUUGUCAAUGCACAGGGGAUAGGCCCACACGCCCAUUCUAAUGUUGCUCGCCAGGUUGCUGCGGAAGGUACUGUGCUUUUAAAGAAUAUAAACAAUACCCUUCCACUCCUGCGCCAUGACUCCAUUCCCGACGGCAAAUACCGGGUCGGUGUAUACGGCGAAGAUGCUGGCUCCGGCAAAGGACCGAAUGCCUGUCCUGACCGAGGAUGCAACCAAGGGACCUUGGCCUCUGGUUGGGGAAGCGGCGCUGUCGAGUUCCCAUACCUAGUCAGUCCAUGGGAGGCACUUCAGUCUGCGUGGUCGAAGGACUCAGUUGACGUUCAAGGUCACCUGACAAAUAAUGUGGCCGUCGAGGACCUCGCAGACCGGAAUUUGUGUUUGGUCUUUGUGAAUGCAGAUGGCGGCGAAGGGUUUAUUCGCAGUGAAGGCGUUGACGCUGAUCGGAAUGAUCUAUUUUUGCAAAAGAAUGGCACUGAGUUGGUAGAGGCGGUAGCGAAACAUUGCGGUGGUGGUGAAGGUAAAACAGUGGUCGUUGUACAUUCCAUUGGCCCUGUUGUGAUGGAAUCUUGGAUUGACCUUCCUGGUGUGUACGCUGUGCUGUAUGCCAACCUGCCUGGACAAGAAAGUGGGAAUGCUCUGGUGCAGGUUCUGUUCGGAGACGUCGACGUGAGCGGACGAUUGCCAUACACCAUUGGUCGCAGCCUAGAAGACUAUGGCCCAGGGGCGCAAGUGCUGUAUGAGCAUUCCGGCCCAUCCGUUCCACAGGUCAACCUCGAGCAGGGUCUCUACGUCGACUAUCGUUAUUUCGACAAGUUCAAUGUGACUCCGCGGUUCGAAUUUGGCUUCGGUUUGUCAUACACGACCUUCAAAUACUCUUCACUCAGCGUCGAGAAACUACAGGAGAGAUCUCAGCUGCCUGCUAAGCCUCCCGCUAAUGAGGUUAAGCCUCUCGCUUAUGAAAACAAACGGGAUUCCCCUUCUACCAGUAUUUUCCCACCAGGGUUCCGCGUUCUCCGCAAGUACAUAUACCCCUACCUCGACUCUCUGACGGGCACUGAACCUGGACCGUACCCAUACCCCGAAGGAUACAACAAGCGCCAGAAGCCAUCCGCUGCAGGCGGCGGACCUGGCGGCAAUCCCUCGCUCUAUGAACCUAUGCUCGAACUUUCUGUUGAAGUAACGAAUACCGGUAAGCGUACCGGACAGGAUGUGGUCCAGGUGUACGUUUCCUUCCCUGAAGACGUCGCCGAGCACCGUGGACUAGGCUGGUCCCGCGAGUCGAUUGAGUUCCCUGACCGAGUCUUGCGGAAUUUCACUAAAGUCUCCAUGCAACCGGGUGAGACUAGAACUGUUCAGAUGACGUUGACGCGGAAGGACCUCAGUUAUUGGAGCGUUCGGGCGCAGAACUGGAUCCUUCCGGAGGGAACAAUCCGUAUCUGGGCUGGGCGUAGUUCUAGGAAUCUCCCACUUAUGGUUGAGUAUUGA